CCUUCUCCACCUCCUCCUCCUCCUCCUCCCAUUUCCUCCGCGCAAGGCGGGCUGCCGGCCGCGGACGGGCAGCGGCCCCGGUUCCCCCGUCCGCGCCGAGCCCCCAGCGAGCCGGUCGCGAUGCGCCGGGGGAGGCAGCGCUCCGCAGCCGCAGGAAGGCCAGCUCAGCUCUCCCGUGGGGACACCGGCACCAAGGUAUAAAUGGCCUCGAAGCGGUGCUCGCAGGCCGCCGAGCCCGUCAUUGUCACCAAGCUACCUCGUCCGGAGCCCGCCGCUGCCCUCCUGCCCGGCAAAAUCCCAGGCACGCCCAGCCCCGUGGCCCGCCCUGGCUCUGAAAACCAUUUCAGCUACAGGGGCUCCUACUUUGCCUGCCCACUGCAGAGCCCCGAGUGUCCCGAGCAGCCCCCGGCUGGCUGGAGCCCCGCGCCCGCCCACCUGCACUGCGGCCCUGGUGCCCCGAGCCAGCCCGUGCCGGCCGAGGGGGCACUGCUGGGCUUGCUGCCGUACCCACCGGGGAGCCCGGGCACCCGCCUGCAGCCCCCGGACACCCAGAGGAGCAAGGACAGCCUGAGCCAGGAGCAGCUGAUGGCCAGGAAGAAGCUGCACAGCCCCAGGUGCUCCUUGCCGGUGAAGAAGGCACCCCCUCUAGCUCCUAAGCCGGUGUACGGAGCCCCCGCCUCCUUCCUGGCUCCCAGGAUGACUCUGCUGCUGAGAACACAAGCAGAGAGCCUGCAGCAGCAACCAGGGGAGGCAAACUGGGCCCUGCCCCCUGCCACCCACCCUCUGCACCCCAGCGAGCCCCACAAGAGGGGUCCCUGCUCUGAGCACAGGCUCCAGAUGCUGCCCUCCAGCCUGGCCCUGCCUUCCAAGGAGCAGCUGGGCUCCCCCGUUGCCUUACCCCACUGCUGCGUCACCUUUGACAAGUACGGGCCACCCCCCAGCACCCCGCUCCUGGAAGGAAGCUGUCCCCCUGCCCAGAGCCAGAAGAAGGUGCUGGAGGCCCCCAGCCUCAGCCUGGAGCCCUGGCCCAAGCUCCAGCCACCUGACACCAGCCCGGUGACCCGGGAGAGGUCAGCAAUGUGCUACCCACCCCCUCCCUACCCGCUGUCACCCCACAGAGCUGGCCCCCUCUGCCACCCCCCAGUUCCUGCUGUGGGCGAGCCCAGUGCCCUGCCUGCCUUUGGCUAUGUGGGAAGCAGGGAGCCCUUUCCCAGCACCUACCUCAAGCCCCAAGCCCCCAGGAGUUACUUUCCCAGCCCCCUGGAGCCCUACGUGCCAAGGACGGGGGGUGCCAGGCUGGGGGCUGUGCUGGGCGAUGCUGAGGCACCCAGGGAUGCCGAGCUGCCCUGGAACACCGGGUACCCAGGGUUCGCUGUCAGCCCAGGGGAUGCAUCCGUGUUCCAGCCCUCCUUUCCCGGCAUGGAGCCAAGCUAUGAGCAGCAGUGGCAAGCAGCACUGAGGCACAGCAGCGCUUUCCAGCCUGUCUGCACCUCAGAGAAGCUUUCUGGGGGCUGCGGUGGGCUCACUGAGACAUUUCCUGAGAGAGGAGGGGACUGGGAGAAACUCAGGCAAGGAGAGGAGGCCUUGUACCCAGGGAGGAGGAACAGCAGCCUGGCCCCUCAGGACAGCCCCCACGGGGGGCCAGGGGAAGGAAAUGUCUGCAUGGCCAAGGAUCCAGCCAAGGAGCUCAUCCACCCUUCUCCGUCCCUGACCCCCACCCAGGCGCUGGAAGACCUGAGGGACACCAGGGCUUUGUCGUCCUCCCCACCGAUGCCUGUGAUCCACAACGUCUUCAGCCUGGCACCGUACCAGGAGUUCCUGGAGAGGGCCAGGGGCUCAGACCCCAUCCUGUUCUGCAGGAAGCAUCUGUGGGAGGACUCCUCACCCCAAAACACGGCUGGCAGCCAGGAGCCUGCUGCCCUCAGAGACAUCUCAGUGGUGCCCAGCCUGAGGUUGGGCGAUGGUGCAGUGCAGAGCCAAGAAGAAAGUUACAGGAGCACCCCUAAAAAGCCAAAGCCUGAGCCCCAAGAGCUGGAGUCUCAGGAGGGCAGUCCUGAUGGGGUGGACACUGAGGAGCCAAUCCCUGAGGACAUGGUGCUAGACCUUAGCUUCAAGAAGAGACUGGUAGAAACUGAGGACACCCAGAGACCCACUGAGUGUGCAGAGGGGACACUGGACCAGGAGGAGAAGGAGGAGAAGGAGGCUGCAGAGGGGAAGGUGGGGUUGGGAGAGGGUGCACAGCCCCGGAUGCCUGAGGCAGACUCUGGGGACAGGAGCAGCUUCCAGAGCUCAGCCACCUUCAUGUUCCAAAAAUACAAGCGGCUGCCCUCUGUCCCUCCCAGCACUGAGCCCCCACAGCAGGAUGGCAGCCCCCACGCCCCCCAGCCCAGCCCCCCCAGCAGCACCCCCACGCCUGCUCAUCCAGCCCCCUCUCCAUCCAGUGCCCCCACACCGGCUCACCCAGCCCCCUCUCCAUCCAGUGUCCCCACUCUGACUCACCCAGCCCCUUCUCCAUCCAGUGCCCCCACGCCUGCUCAUCCAGCCCCCUCUCCAUCCAGUGCCCCCACACCGGCUCACCCAGCCCCUUCUCCAUCCAGUGCCCCCACUCCAGCUCACCCAGCCCCUUCUCCAUCCAGUGCCCCCACGCCUGCUCAUCCAGCCCCCUCUCCAUCCAGUGCCCCCACAUUCCCACUGCCUGGCCCCCAGCUCAGCAUCAUCCUAGCCCCAAACCCUCCCCAGACCCUGCUUCUCACAGCCCCCUCCACCCCAGUAGAGGAGAAAGCCCCAGAGGUCAAGCAGGAUGGUGGUCACCCCACACCGACCCGCUCGGGACAGAACUUCACCACCCUGCACACCGUGAUCUGCGACACCAUUUCGGACUCAGUGUCCCGCUCGUCCCCGGAGCUCCUGCGGCAGUGGCUGGAGAAGGCUGAGCUGGCAGAGGAGCUGGGAGAGGUGCCCAAAUCCCUGCCCAAGCCCAAAAGUGGCUCCAAGGCUCCCAAUCCUCAGAAGCCCAGCAAUGGCAAGGAGAUCUGGCUGGCUUUCCAGGACGUGUCGGAGCUCCUCAUCAAGCUGCUCUCCCAGAUGCAUACCUUCAUGUUGGCUUGCCCUUUCCCCCAUGUGGUCCGGGCGGGAACCAUCUUCAUCCCCAUCCAUGUGGUGAAGGAGAAGCUCUUCCCAAAGCUGCCCGGGAGCUUCGUGGACCAAGUGCUGCAGAAGCACAAGGUGGAGCUGCGUCCCACCACCCUCUCGGAGGAGAAGCACCUAAGGGAUCUGGAGCUGAAGAGCUGCACCUGCCGCAUGCUGAAGCUCCUGGCGCUCAAGCAGCUUCCUGAAAUCUACCCCGACCUGCUCAACCUCCACUGGCACAACUCCAUCUGGCAGCAGCUCGGUUCCAGCUCAGAGACUGGCCAGCAGCCUUCCAAGUAGGUAGCCGUGGAGGCACUGGAAGCUGACAGCAAAGCACAGCCAGGGACAGAUCAAGGAAAAGGAGGCACUGAGGAAUGUGCCAAGGGCAACAGCCAAAUGACAACGGGAAUGAGAAGGUCCCCAGUCCCCAGAGCCUUUGGAUGCUGAGACCUCCAGCAGCCCUGCAGGCCGGAGCUCAGCUCCCACCGGCACCAGGAUCCUCCAGGAUGCUGAUACCUCACCAGGGACCCUCUGGGGAUGCUGCUCAGGGUGGAGAACAGCUCAGUGGUGCUCCAGGGACACACAGAGGGAUGCAGGCAGGUAUCCAGGCCUGCAGCCAUGGGCUCAAGCCCCUCAUGGCAGCUGGAGCUGCUUUUCUUUGAAUGGAUCAUCCUUUGUGCAUCUCCCGCCUCCAUCCAUGAUUGCCCUGGUGAGCUGAGAGGGAAUGGCUGGAGUUCCAGUGGAGCUGGAGCACGAGCAGCAUGGAAAUGGCCACGGCACCAUCCCCAGCCUUGGAAAAAGGGACUGCAGGGACCACAUCCCACCUCCUCCUCUCUCCUCUGAAUCCCCCGCCUGCUUUAUCCAUGCCAUUCCCAAUAAACAUCUCUUUCCUCUGGGAUUUCCAUCUUGAAAGUGCCACAAAGACCUGGCACACAGCAAGGGCAGGGGAAUCAUGACUUCCAUAGUGCCAGGACUAAGGGUUUUUUGUUAAAAAUGAACAUUAACAUUUUACAAAUGUUCUGGAUUUACCUUUAUAAGGAGCUGCUACCUUCAGGUCAUGUGUUUUGGGCUGUAUUUUUUCUUUAAAUACAGUAAUUAAUAUGUGUCUUUUUAUUUAUACUAAAAGGCUGCCAGAAAGAUUUGAAGACUCUUAAAGAAAAGAAAACCAAAUCACUUUACAUCCCAGUUCCUGUCCCAAAGGAGGACAUGGGGGAUGCACAUUUAGGGACCACCCUGGGGGCGACUAAAGGGACAGAGAGGGGAGUGCUGCUGCCAGAGCUUGGAAGGAGGGAUGCUUUCACCCCCAAGGGUUACGGCCAUCCCAGCAGGGUUGGGGGCAUCCAGGACUGAUGGACACCCCCUCACCCUGGGGAUGCAGCAGGGCACACAGCACAGGCCUUAAAAACUCAUCCCUCAGGUGUUCUUCAAGCUGCUGCAGGGCGUGGAGGAACAAAACAAGGGUUAUUCAAAUUUUGUGUUUCACUACAGGGAAUAUUUAUUUUAAACUAAGAAAACGGGGCGGGGGGAGGAAAUGACCCUCCCCAACCUGUACUUAUUUUAGCCAAAUGGUGUGUUUGCUACUGGGGAUUUCUGUGGGUGCCUUCCUGGUUUUCCGUGGGGAUGUGGUGGCUGUGGAUGGGACGAGUUCACGGGAUGCUGCUGUUCUCCUCACUCCCCCUCACCACUCCAUGCCUGUGCACAGUGAUUUGGAAAGCAGUGUUUGUUAAUAAUGUUAUUUUUAUAUGUCUAGAAGGUUCUGGGGAAGAAAGUUCUAUCUCCUUAUUUAAUUUUUUUGUAAGAAUAUGAAGAUCUGCCUCACCUGGUUUAAAAGAGUUUGGCUUGUUUCCACACA